AUGUCUGUCACGCUUCAAACAACCCACGGCGACGUGAAGGUGGAGCUGUUCUGCCAAGCCUGCCCGAAGACGACGUACAACUUCCUUGCUCUAUGCGCGAGUGGUGGAUAUGAUGGCUCGCCGUUUCACCGCUUGAUCCCGAACUUCAUGGUCCAAGGAGGAUCGCCUGCGUCGGGGACUGUAAAAGAGAGUAACUCGGUCUACGGGGGCAUGUUCGAGGACGAGAUCAAGCCUUCGAUCAAGCACCACUCGAGAGGGAUCCUGAGCAUGGCCAAUAAAGGACCGAGCACGAAUGGUUCGCAAUUCUUCAUCACCUUUGCCGCGGCGCCGCAUCUCGACGGAAAGAACACUGCGUUUGGACGAGUGCUGGAGGGAUGGGAUACUUUGGACAAAAUGGAGGAUGUGAAGGUGGACAAGAAGAACAGGCCCCAGGAAGCGAUCAAGAUCCAGAGCGUCAAGAUCCAUGCCAAUCCUCUCGCCGAUGAGAGAUGA